AUGCUGUCAGCAGCCUCGACAUCUCCAUCUGUCGUCGCCUUGGAAGCUCUCGAGGUGUCUUGGUCUCCCCCUCGGCAUCCUGUGGGCUUGCGCCUCAAGCUUCUGGAUAGGUCGCUACCGCCAGUGUUAGCGGUCUUCGCGUCUCUUGUUUCUGGCGUCGAUAGCUAUGGGAGAGGUCCGUCAUGGAAGAGGUCGGUGGCUACUGCUGCCGCUUCCGCCGGCAGUAACUUGACAUUACAGAUGGGCUCAACGAUUAUCACGGAGCCGGGGAGCACUGCCACGAUGGAAGACGUCUCUGACGAGCCCGUCCUCAUGUUCCCUGCGGCAAAGGAAAACCGGACUUAUAUCGCCAUAGCUUUAGAGAUCUCAGUCAACUUGUCGACGCUCAAUCCAAUUGACAUGAUUACGUCUGGCCAGUUCUUUCUUUCUUGGCUCCAGCCGUCGCUGCAGGUUCGGGAGGAUACAGAAUCCAUCAUGAGUUCAGAAAUAGACCCUCUUGUCCAGUUUCAGGUCAUGGAGCAAGCCACGGCAGGCGUGCAGCUCAUCUUGUUGCUGAUGUUCAUUCAGCCGCACCCCCUGCUCAUCAGAACGACCUUUCUUGACUUGUUUGCCGCCAUUGAAGAAGACGACACGAGACGAGAAGGCUUUCAGCUCGAAGAAUUUGUCAAGAAAUGUGCAUUGGGCGACCUCCAGGCGGCAACUUAUGUGGUCAUAAAUUCCAUAACCGGUGAGCCAUUACCCUCGAAUAGCAGCGGCAGCUUGAUACCAAGCAAUGGCACAGCUGCCACAGAGCCUGAUGUUACAAUAACUACAUCCGCCACCACCAUCAUUACGGUUGACGCAGCCGGCGUGCCCAUUACAAUCGUAACAGCUGGCGGCGAAGCACAAGGCGCACCAGGCGGAGCGCAAGCCACACCAGGCGCGGGUAUAGGAGGCAACAGCACUGGAAGUGCUGGGGCCGGGACAGGGGCCCAGGCAGGAGCGGGAGCGGGAGGCAAUGGCACAUCUCCUGAUGUCACUCUGACUACUUCCGCUACCACCAUUAUCACGGUUGACGCGGCUGGUGUCCCAACGACUAUUGUAACAGCCGUUGGGGAGGCGCAGGGCACCGCUGGAGCUGGUGUUGGGAUAGGCGGCAACAAUGGCACUGGCCUAAUAUCGAACGCCACGAUAACGGCGGCACCCGGAGCCACCGGAGCAGCUGGCGGGGAACAAGAUGUAACGUCGUUCGUCACGGCCACGACUGUCGUUACAAUUCUUGGAUCAGACGGGGAGCCAGAUGUCACGUCAACCAUGACGCUUGUCGCUACCAUCGUGAUCGACGGAGCAGGGUUGGACGGCAGCGGCGAACAAGAUGUGACGUCGGUAGUCACAGCCGUGACUGUCAUUACAAUUCCCGGAUCAGACGGUGAACCGGAUGUCACGUCAACCAUGACGCUUGUCUCUACUGUCGUAGUGAACGGGGCAGAAGCUACGCCCGACAACUGCGAAGGGGAAAUGGUGACGGUAACGGUCGCUAUCAAUGACAAAGGCAAACCCUUGUACACCAUGCCGCCCUCGAUGCCCUCGUCCAGCGGAGGAAGCAGCAGCGGAGACUGCGAUGUCUGUGACGAAGAAAAUGGCGGUUCUGAAGUCAUCACGGUCAUCGAGGCCACACCGACUUCCAGCAGCAGCGGCUGCGAUAUUUGUGACGAGGAAGACGACGGCUCUGAACACAUCACAAUCUACCAGCAGCCUCAGACGACGUCAUCUGCCUCGGGAGGUUGCGAUGUUUGUGAUGAGGAAAACGGAGGCUCUCAAGACGUCACGAUUUACGAACAGCCUCAAGCAACCUCAUCUGCCUCGGGAGGCUGCGAUAUCUGCGACGAAGAAGGCGGCAGCUCUGAAGUUGUCACAAUCUACCAACAGCCUCAAACUUCAAUGUCUGUCAGUAACGGCGGCGAGUGCAAUACCUGUGAAGGAAUUGGCACCGAGGUCGUCACAGUCGUCAUUGAACAGCUUCAGCCAGCGCCAUCCGCCACCAAAGGGUGCGAUGUUUGCGACGAGGAAGGAGGCGGCUCUGAAGUUGUUACAGUCAUUGAACAACCUCAGUCCACGCAGUCUGCCGAAGAAGUUUGCACUGUCUGCGAAGCCGAAGGUGGUGGUGGUGGCACUGAAGUCGUUACAGUCAUACAACAACCUGCGACCACGAAAGGUUCAUCGGGCGGCGGAGUUUACACUGUCUGGGCCGGCAGCGGCAGCGGCAGCAGCAGCAGUAGUGCCAGUGGCCAAAGCGGAUCCGGUUCCAGUUACGGAGGAUCUCAGUCUGGAGGCUCUGGCUCCGAGUGGUCGGGGUCCAGCUACGGAGGGUCUCAGUCUGGAGGAUCAAGCUCUGGAUCCGAAGGGUCCGGUUCCAACUAUGGAGGAUUUGGCUCUGGAUAUGGAUCGUCAAGCUCCAAAAAGACCUGGUCGCCUCAGGCCACACAAUCGGCCGGCACUGGAGAAAGCUGCAGCGGAGGAAUCUGCAGCGGCGGCAACAGUGGCAGCAACAGCAACUCAGGAUUCGUUACUGUCAUUGUCAAACCUACACCUAGCACCCCGACUACUACUAUCCAGGUUGGCGACAGUGGUUAUAACGGUGGCAGCGGCGGCGCAAGUGGAGGUGUCGGUGUUACCAUCAUUAGUAUCCCUCGACCCAGCACCUCGACUACUACUAUCCAAGUUGGCGACAGCGGUGGCAGCGAGGGCGCAAGUGGAGGCGUCGGCGUUACCGUCAUUAGUAGCCCCUCAGCUAACCCGAUUGAAAUUUUUACACCCCCAUCUCAGGGAUCUGGUGGUAAAACUACUACCCUGGGCGGAGGAGCCGAGAUCACUGUUGUGGGUGAGCCCGAACCCAGCGCCACUGGUGCUGAAGGCUCUGGUUUCUUUUCAAUCUCCAGUGCUUCUAGAGGUUCUUCAGACGGCGGGGCACAGUUGACGGUCGUAUAUCCCGUCACGCCCACAUCGGAUCCCGUGGCGAUUGGGACCCCGACAGAUACUGUGUCGAUCGGGAACGGCUCUCUGCCGUUUGGCAACGGGACAGGCAUCGCGCCUACAUCGUCGACGAGUUCCGUGUCACUGCCUGAGCCUUCUUCGACCGUCGAGCCUUCAGGCGAGCCCACAGGCAACCCCUCAGGCGGCCCCUCAGACGGGUCAGCAAAACCUACGGACCCGUCUACCGCCGGAGCAGGUGGCAGACCAGGCCAGAGAGUAGCCUCGACGCUCCUUCUAGGAAGCACCAUGUUUUGUCUCCUUGUCUUCUUGUAA